UUCUCGCUUUGAACAGCAAACCAAACUCACCCCCCUGACACCAUGUGCCAUUGCAGCAACUACUAUGGAGGCCUGGGCUUCGGCUAUGGAGGCUUUGACAGCCUGGGCUUCGGCCGUGGCUGUGGAUGUGGCAGCUUCCGCAGGCUGGGCUUUGGCUCUGGCUUUGGAGGCUACGGAUGUGGCUCUGGAUUUGGAAGCUUUGGAUAUGGCUACAAUCGCUGCCCAUCCUUCUUUGGAGGAUAUGGACUCUCUAGCUUCUACUGAAAUUCCACUCCAACAUCUGAAGUUAUAGGGGACUUUCCAAAUCUGAUCUCAAAAGUAAGACGACAAAGAUCAUUCUGGAGUUAUUUGCACAGAAGCAUCUAACUUCUUAGAAUUUGGCACAAUUUUUCCAAUAUACUUCUAUAUCUCCAUCAUAAUCCUAGAAUCCUCUAAUUUUGCUUUUGAAACUGAUUGGAUUAUCCGUUAAAUUUCAAAUAAAACAUUAAAUUUGAAA